GUUGGGAAAGGAGACAUAUCUCUGCAGGGUUGCGGAAAUAUUUGGUACUGCCAGGUUGGUUACUCUUGUUGGCUUUCUCUGCACAGGACGGGACAUGGCAACCAGCUCCCCUGCCCAAAGGAUUGGAGUUGUGGGAUAUGGGCAUUUAGGGCAGUACCUAGUUGAGAGGAUCCUGAAGGAGGGAGCUGGACUCGGUCUGACUCUUGCUUUUGUUUGGAACAGAAAUUCUGACAAGCUCAAAGGUUCAGUUCCUGCCGAGCUGAUACUCGAUGACUUAUCAGCAUUUGCAGACAGGCGGUGUGAUGUGAUCGUGGAGGUGUGCCAUCCUAAGAUAGCGAAGGACUUUGGGUCCCAUUUCCUUUCUCAGGCUCAUUUCUUGGUAGGUUCUCCCUCCGCCCUUUCCGACCCCGAGCUCAACCACAAACUGCGCCAGGCUGCCGAGCGGCACGGCAGGACGCUUUAUGUUCCCAGUGGAGCCCUGUGGGGAGGCCAGGACAUCCAGAGGUUGAGCGACAGCGGAGCCUUGAAGGCUGUAUUCGUAAGGAUGUCAAAGCAUCCCUCCUGUUUCCGGCUGACGGGAGAUACGCUGUCUGACUGGACGGAAGGAGAGGGGAGGCGCGUUUUAUUCAGCGGCUCGGUGGCCGACUUGUGCCCCCUCGCCCCUAACAAUGUCAACACCAUGGCUGCAGCAGCAAUGGCGGCAGGGACGCUCGGCUUCAGCGGGGUUCGAGGAGAGAUUGUGUCCGAUACGGCGUUAAGGGACUACCACGUGGUGGAGGUGGAGGUGACGGGGGUUAAUGGGUUUUCGGUGCGAACGGUGAGGAGGAACCCUGCCCAACUUGGCGCUGUAACAGGAAGUGCCACUUACAACUCCUUCUGGAGCAGUUUACUAGUUUGCAAAGGGCACGGUGGCCGAGUUUACUUGUGCUGAAGGUGCUGUGGACUUGGAGGAAGAACCCAUGUUGAAGUUACGGGAAGUGGUCCAACAAGUUUCCGCUGGAGCAAAGAGUCUGGUGCAAGGUGACAGAUGAUGCAAGUCAACCAUUUCUCAGUCUGUGUUAAUAUGUUGCCUUUCAUGGAUAUAUAUAUAUAUAUAUAUAUAUAUAUAUAUAUAUCAUCGAAUACC